AUGAACAGUGUUCUAGCGGCGAAGUCGGGUUCAAAGGCCAGUCAAGACAAGAUGGAGAAAUCUGAUGGAUUUGAUGGCAGUCUACAUGUUGAGCAUCAACAUGUAAGCGCAAUUGAUCAAGAUAUGGAUGACGACGAUCUUGCUCUUGCCAAGCGCCUUGGCCAUCGAUCCGAAUUUGCUCGCGAAUUCAAAAGCUUUUCGACGAUCUCCUUUGCCUUUGCCAUCAUGGGACUUGUGUCAUCAAUAGCCACUACUUUCAACUCACCUUUUACACUAGGAGGGCCUGCGUCUACGGUGUGGUGUUGGUUCAUGGGCUCAUGCUUUAACUUAACACUUGGGACGGCUAUUGCUGAACUUGUUUCGGCGUAUCCAUCAGCUGGUGGUCUCUAUUCAGCGAGUGGUCUUCUUGUGCCCAAGAAGUACCGUGCUUCUGUGGCUUGGACCACAGGCUGGCUCAAUCUUACCGGUCAAAUUGCUGGUAUUGCAGGUACCGAAUGGGGUCUUGCUCAAAUGAUAUAUGCAUGGGCAUUUGUCAUAUCAAAUGGUCAAUUUGUGGCCACGAAGUACGAGACAGUAGGCUUGUACUUUGCUCUACUGGUCAUUCACGGCAUCAUCAACUCCCUGGACUCAAAGACCCUUGCUCGGAUGACAAGCUCCUAUGUGAUCGUAAAUAUUGGGAUUACUUUUGUGAUUAUCAUUACUCUGCUUGCUCGGACGCCUCUUCAUGAAAUGCAUGGCGCUGAGUACACGUUUACUGAGACGGUCAAUACAUCUGGUUGGCGCGGCCAGGGCGGAAAUGCAUUGGCCUUCUUGUUUGGUCUUUUAUCUGUCCAGUUUGUUAUGACAGACUAUGAUGCUACGGCGCAUAUCUCUGAAGAAGUGCACCGCGCGGCCAUCGCAGCGCCUGUUGCUAUCUUGGUUGCUGUUGCCGGCACUGGUAUGGUGGGCUGGUUGCUGAACAUUGUGCUGGUGAUUUGUUCGGGCAAUGUCGCUGAUCGUGACAGUAGUUCGUGGCCUGGUGGCCUUGCCAUGGCUGAGAUCAUGGCGACACGGAUUGGCAAAGUCGGCUUCCUUGUCAUUUGGCCCUUUGUGUGCCUGGUAGCCUUCUUCGUCGUUACAACUGCAACUCAAGCGAACGCUCGCUCCUUUUAUGCCUUUUCCCGUGACCAUGGUUUGCCAGACUUUGGUCUCUUUUCGAAGAUCUGGAAGCGCACUGGCACAACAGUGAAUGCUGUGUGGCUUGUCAUUAUUCUUUGUAUGUUGCUUGGAUGCCUUGGCUUUGUGAAUCAGACUGCUGUAAACGCCAUUUUUGCUCUGGCUGCAUUGGGUAUGGAUAUGUCGUACUUGAUUCCGAUUGUGUGCCGGCAGAUUUUCCAAAAUCACCCGGAGGUCAUGUUUGAGCCUGGUCCCUUCACUUUGGGCAAAGGCUGGUUUGGUCGUAUUGUCAAUCUAAUUGCCAUUCUCUGGACAUUGUUCGAGUGCACAAUUCUAAGCAUACCUACAGUGAUUCCCUUGACCGCCGACGAUUUCAACUAUUCGUGGGUCAUCAUGACGGGUGUAUUGUUGAUAUCCACUUUUUGGUACGUGGUCCAUGCCCACCGUCAUUACCAUGGACCUCGCAGUAGUAUGAAUCCAGACAUGCUUCGCAAGAUUGGUGUGGACGCUACUGAAGAGGUUGAAACAGCUCCGCAGAAGAAUACGCAGAGGCUGUCAGGGAACAUAUUUCAUCGGCGGCAAAAGUCUCAGUCCCAUGAGACUACCACGGACUCUGCACAGGAGAAUAUGUAG